AUGUUUUGGCCCUGGGCCCUCACCCUACUUUGCGGCUCAGCACGGGGUUACACCCCCGCAGUCCCCAUCAAUGACACGACUGGCCUCGACCUCACGAUGGGAAGCUCGGUGCAGGUCAAGUGGGCCAACCCGCCGGGGCUGUACAGCGGAGGAGUGUCAUGGCAACUGAUCUCGGACGAUCACUACUUGGACGUAACGGAAGGCGCUCUCGUACAUUUCACCGAGGAGACUGCCAAGAACGACACCGAGUGGAUUUGGGUUGAGACACCCUGGAUCGCGUACAUCUGUUGCGAUGCCAACAUCACGGGCUACAGCGAGGAAGAUGGUAAGGCACGCUCUUCGGAUCAAAUUAACUUUACAGACAUCUUCACGAUGGCACGGGAUCGAGGCGCGCAGUCUGCUACGUGUCUACUCAAUCCCUUCUAUGUCGAUCCAGACGAGUUCGACCACGUUCUCGACAUCUUUGCGAUAACGAACCGAAACAUCACCAGGUUGUUGAACUCACAGUUCCGCCAGACGUCCGCAGACUACUUCUACUUCAACUACACGCGGCUCCGCGACAGUUGGGGCGACCUGAACGCAACUGUAGCUGGUGAAUCGCUGAAUCACUCCAGCUACCUUGGAGGAACGAUCUAUGCGCGAAACAAGACGGGAACGCAGCCCGUCGCUGGCUUCCCGGGCACGAGCCAGGGGGAGCACCACGAAAGUGGAGGGAAGAACAAGGGGUUGAUCGCGGCCUAUGUCUUGGCAGGCUUCUUUGGGGCGAUGAUCUGCAUCACAGUGUUCAGUGUGAUUCGCCGUUCCCUUCAACCACAGCGCCGCGACCACCACUCUGGAGAAGAACAGCCAGUGGAGGCUCCCCGGCGGAUCGGCCUGACGCAAGCCAUUGUCGACACAUUCCCCAUUAUCAAGUUUAACAAGAGCCAACCGGAGCCUACGACACCUUCAAGAGUGCCUCUCAAGACGCUGCCCAGCGACGAGCUCACGCCCAUGGAGCUGUCAUACUCAAAGCCUUAUGCGGACAAGAGUUUCUCCCAGAUAUCACAGAGCUCGACGGUGGACAGCGGCCGCUCGACCCCGGCGCCAGUCAGCGACGCUCAGUGCCCGAUCUGCCUCCUCGAGUUUGAGGAUGGCGACGAGAUCCGAGUACUCCCUUGCGAAGGUGCCCAUCGCUUCCACAAGGGUUGUGUCGAUCCAUGGCUUUUGGCGGUCAGCACAAGCUGUCCGCUGUGCCGAAAGGGUGAGCUCGCCGGAUGCUUGUUUUCCCAGCUGACAUGCGCAGAUUUCAACCCCGAAGUUGCAGACAACGUCGCGCAGAGUGACCGGUCACGCAUUACGCCGCGAUACAUUAACCUCAUUCGAAGAGCGCGGCGCCGAGCGGAGUCUGUGGUUGAGGCGGGUCCACGUCCGCGAGAGGCGGACCAAAACGGACCAGGUGGCUAUUGA